ACGUAUUUCCGAUUCUUCAAUUUUAUGCGGUAAUUUUGAGCGCAGAACGAAUCUUUCCACUCGAACAGUUAUGGUAUCCAUCAUUUGAAAAUAUAGUUAGCUGUACAAGCCAAGCCCAAGUCUUUUUCGAACACAUUUGUCACACCCACAUUGAUACGUGUUGCCAGCUUGUUUCUCCAAUAUCUAUUGGAAGUCAACUCUGGGGUUUCCAUCCAACUCAAGAACGUUCUUCACCAGGCGAGUGAGGGCGGUCUCGUAGUCCACGACUGUCGACAGAAAUGAAGAGCCAACAAAAAAGCCCUGAUCCAGAUGGGAAUACGACUCUCAACGAAGAAGGCUCAGUUGCCACUGCAGAAGAUCCAGCAGCUAUUGCAGCUAUUCAGUCUGCCUCCACAUACACAGAUCAACCCAUCAAGUACUUAUUCAAGACAGAAGGAGGAGGUGGGCAGGUGACCUACAGAGUAAUCCAGGUGUCUGAUGGCCAGUUAGAGGAUCAGACAGACGGAAGUGCAGCAGUGAGCCUGGUCACUGGUUUCCCUGCUACCUCUCAAGCCGUCACACAGGCUGUGUUCUCUCAGUCCGAAGGUCUUGAGGGAGAUAGCAGCACUGAGACACAGUACACAUACUAUCCCGCCACUAUUGCUGAUGCCACAACAGGGGCCAUGGUGACCACAGUUCAGGCAUCCGACACACUGCUCAGUCAGACCACACCCACGGGGCAACUCUAUGUGAUGAUGUCACCCCAGGAGGUUUUGACAGGAUCCAGUCAAAGGACAAUCGCACCUCGCACUCAACCAUACAUAGCAAAACAAGAGGCUCCUCGGGGUUCCAGGGAUGAGAAACGCCGUGCACAGCACAAUGAAGUUGAACGGAGACGUCGGGACAAAAUAAAUAAUUGGAUCGUGCAGCUGUCAAAGACAAUACCAGACUGUAACAUCGAUUAUACCAAGACAGGACAGAGUAAAGGGGGAAUUUUGUCCAAAGCCUGUGACUACAUCAAGGAACUCCGACAAAGCAACCUAAAAUUGGGGGAAGAUCUCAGUAUGCUUGAUCGUCUUAGGAUUGACAAUCAGCUUCUCCGACAGGAGGUAGAAGACUGGAAAUCCAAGAAUCAGAUCCUGCGGAAUGUUCUACGUCAGCAUGGCAUUGUGGGAUCGUCGAGCACGGACUCUCAGUGAAAAGCCUUUUUAGAACUGCUUUUUGAAGACAACCACACACGGGCUAAAACAGUACUUGAAAUGCUUUGACUGAGACUUGUGAGGCUUGUUAAGAGUGCAUGAUACAUAAGGAAAUAAUUGAAUAUUUUGCUAAAUAUUCAACCCUGUGUCUGAAAAUGACACCUUUUAAUGUUUUCAAGGCUUUAAAAGUACUUAUUUUAUGCCAAUCAUAAUUGCAUUGCAUUUCAAUGGGGCAAAUUAAUUACUGAAAACCUUCCUCUACAGCCACUUCGGAACUCUCCAUGACAUGGGCUACUAAUGCUACGUUUACAUUAUGUUCCCAGCGGCCACAGCGAUCACCAUUCAGAACGGGAUGGACCUGACACAACCUGGGGGGGUAAUGGGCGAACGUGAUUGCCUGGCCAGAUUUUUAUACUGUCAAACGUUUUAGCAAAGCAUCUAUAAUGCAGAUCAGAAAUACUCUAUGAGGGACUCCAUCAGAAACUGACUGACUGGAAGGGAACGUGCUGACAUCCGUGGUCGCCUGGAGGACAGCCGUACCAUAGUGUGUCUUUCAGAUUCUGGGACUGUGCAACCUCUUCCACCCAUACAAUAUCCUAUGCUCUACUAUGUUUCUGGCAAAUAGUGCUGUUCUGGACUCUGGGAAUCUAGUGUAAACAUAGCAUUACUUCUUUUUUUAUUGUAUUAUUAUCAUCCAGUUUUUCUUGUACAGUAUGCUUACAUUGUCUCCAAACCACUGUAUAUGUAUGAAUUUGAUCUGUAGCUCUUUGUGACACCCUUCUAACUUUGUUUUACCUUUUGCUUUGUUUUCAUAUUUAUAUUAAUCUUUUCCUUUGCUGUUUUAUGUAGCCUCAGUUUGGAUUAUAUUUACAUUGUAACAAUGUAACAGAAUACAUGCAACUGAGGACAGUUAAAUCUUGAGGAUAUAGGUGGGCAACAAUACGUGUUCUGUUCCUUUUACUUUUGCUUAUUAAAGUUGCCUUAUAAACAGUAAAUUAAUUCCGCAUACGGUACUGUAUUUUGAAAGAUUUUAUUUUGUAGGUUGUUGGACGUCAUCGACGGCGGGUGAAUAAGAAGCGUGAAAUGAUGUGUUAUUUUGAAAGCUCCGUGGCGGAAGUAAAGACGUGUUCGACUGAUAACUGAGUUCAAACUACGGGGCUGCAGUAAAGAAACAUCCAAAGCACUUUUGGUCGAGUGUGAAAAGAAGCUUACCCAAUGAUUUGUAUACUGCUGGUUGCCGGACACGGUACACUUUUAGAGACUGAAAUAAAGGUGAGCGGUGUUUGUACCAUGGAUGACCUGAAAACUUACAAGAGCAUGGAUGCAUACAAUCAGUUUGUGUGUGGCUGGGUUUGCGAUGUGGGAGCUGUUGUCAGAAAUGGAGGCCACCUAGUCACUGGAAAGGUUCUCCAUUCCCAAGCAUUGCGAGAAAAGUCCCUUUGGCCUUGAGUGAUUGCUAAACAAAGUGGGAACAUUGUUGCUGCACAGUGCAACUGCAAGGCUGGCCUGGGAGAAGCUUGUGCACAUGUUGCAGCACUGCUGGUUUAGGUUGAAGCCAACAUCAGGAUGCCGGACUCAAAGACUGUCACACAAGAGAAAGCAUACUGGAAGCUGCCAACAUCUUUAAAGGAUGUGGAGUAUUGUCCAAUUGAUGAAAUUGAGUUGACUUCAGCAAAGACAAAAAGACACCAACUGCAUACUCCCCUUGAAACUGGUGCCAAUGUGGAGACAUUAACCAUUUUCAGACUCAGAUCAAUUCAUUUCCAAGUUCUAGGGAACAAUAGCAUCCUAUGUCUCACCACCUCCUCCUCAAAAAUAGCCAAUAUAAAAAAAGAUCCCUCCCUACCGACCCUAGUUUUCUUCGUCUAUGUUACCGGAAACACAAUAUUAUUUUUGUUUGGCCUAAUCACAAUGUUUUGACCAUAUAAAUGUGCUGUAAGUGUGAAAACAAACAAACCAAUUGUACUUCAAAUUUUUUUCUCAUUCUCCAUCUAACUUGUCAGGCUGUUCUGUACCCUGAAAAUUGUCUUUAGUUCUACUUGUAACACUUACCCUCUGUAUUUGAAGCAAAAACCCGUGUGUAUAUGUAUGUACAACUUUACAUGAAUUGCAAUAAAUGCUUUCCAAAUGUAA